AUGAUGGUGAUCCUGCUGAACUGUGUGACUCUGGGGAUGUACCAGCCGUGCGAGAACAUCGACUGCUCCUCCGACAGAUGCCAGAUCCUGCAGGCCUUCGACGCCUUCAUCUACAUGUUCUUUGCGAUGGAGAUGGUGGUGAAGAUGUUGGCGUUGGGGAUUUUCGGACAGCGCUGUUACCUUGGCGACACUUGGAACCGGCUGGACUUCUUCAUCGUCAUGGCCGGGUGA